AUGCACUGGGAACUUCAAGGUACCGCUCGCGCUAAUAAGACCCAGGAAGCCUCUUCCGGGACAUAUGACUUGAACGACCAUCCUCUUGAUGUCGUAAACAGAAUGGUCGAAUACCACUACACUGGGGCUUAUACGAUUCCAGAGGACGUUGACUUGUUCACUCAUGCCUCCAUGUUUACGUUAGCUGACAAGUAUGGUAUUGGCGGGCUGCAAGCGCUCGGGAGCAAGAAAUACUUGGAAUGCUUGGAAAAGAACUGCAACUAUCAUGACUUUGCCAAAUCCAUCUCCCAAGUUUACGAACUCCCCAAGGAGACCUCCAAGACCCUUCGGGUCGGAGCUUUGAUCAUGGCUAGAGAAAACCUGGGCACGGCGCUGACCGCAACCGAACUAGGAGAGAGUUUGCAAGAGAUCUUCUCAGCCUCUCCUUACGAUUCCCAUUAA